CGGGGGACAAAGAAAGGCUUGUAUAUGUACUUGUAGGUAGACGAAAUAUUUAGACCUUACCUUACUUCAAGUCAACAAACGCUUAGACUAGAUAGGUCCUCCGAAGCGUGUGCUUUAAAGUCCAACCAACUUUCAUAUUUAGCUCCUAACAGCCACUUACACUCUGCGCUUUCCUUCACAACAUUUGGGUCCUCAUACUAAGGAGCAGGCAUGCGGAGCUCAGCCGCGCAUCACUGCGCGUUAGGCCAUCACCGAAGGCACCCAGCGCUGGAAACAUAGUGGAGCAGGAUUAACGGGGACCGGGGCUGCUUGAAACUAGGCGCCGGUCCCCGGGUCAGCAACCACCCUUCAUCCCUUAGCACAUGCCGACCAUGGCCGCUGGCCCUAGCUCAGACAACGCCGGCGCGGCACCAGCACCCACCUCCUCCUCCGAUACACUCAACAGCCCAACCCCGCAUGGCGGCGGCAGCAGGAGUCCCUCUCGAGGAGCGGCUGUUGCAGCUCUUUCCGCGCUCUCCAAGGGCAGGGCGGACGCCAAGCGCUCCUCCCCUCGCCCCACAGCAACCGCGGCAGCGGCUGUAUCAUCACCCCCACCCCAGGCCGCAUCCCCAACCCAGGCUGCUCCUGCCCCUGCCCCCGCUGCCGCCCCCACCCCGCAAACCGCCGCUGCUCCCACCUCCGCCCCCGUCUCCGCCCCCGUCCCUUCCUCCUCCCCCGGCUCCGAGCGCAUGUACAGUGCGGGGCAGCUGACGGAGGCGCUGAGGUCGUCCCUGGCGGCAGUGAAGGACCAGCUGCAGGUAUUGGCCAUCCUAGACGGUACGGCACUCUCCUGGCCCGGCGUGAGUCAGGCGGUGGACGACAUGGCCUUCAUGACGGACAUGGUGGCGGGAACCAUGGGUCGGCUGGAGGGCAGCAACCGGGCGCUGCAGGUCCGCCUGGACGAGUCCUCCGCCGCCUGCGCCACCCUGCGCACCUCCCUUGCAGCUGCAUGCCGGGAGCGGGAGGAGGUGCGGGGGAGGCUGGAGGAGCGGGAGGGGGAGCUGGCGGCGGCGAGGGAGGAGGCGGAGGAGGCACGGAGGGAGGCGGCGGAGGCCCGUCACGAGGUGUGGGCGCUCGAGAAGCAGCGCGCGGACCUGGCUGCGGAGCUGGAGCGGUGCCGGCAGGACCUGGCGGCGGUGGAGGGGGAGGCUAGGGAGCUGAGGGCCAAGGUCGGCGAGCAGUCCGACUCGCUGGCCUCCCUGCGCGAGGAGCUGGCGGCCCGGCGGGCGGACGUGGGGCACCUGCGGCAGCAGGCGACCGAGCUGAGGCAGGCGGCGGAGGCGGCACGGCAGCAGGCGGCGGCGGCGCAGGAGGCCGCGGCGGCAGCACAGAGCAGCCUGCAGCAUACACGCAGCGAGAGGCAGCACUACGAGCAGGAGGCGGGGCGCCUAGCUGAGGAGUGCGCCAGGCUGGGGGGCGAGCUGGAGCGCGUGUCCCGGGAGCUCAGCCGGCUCAAGGAGUGGCAGCAGGUGGUGAAAAAGGUUGACGCCGACAAGCUGCGAGAGGAGACCGAGGCGCAUGCCCGCACUCGGACCGAGGCGGAGGCGGCGGCAGCGGAGGCGGGGCGGCGGGAGGCGGCGUUGAAGGCCGAGCUGGCGGGCAGGGGGGAGGUGCUGGCGGGGAGGGAGGCGGAGCUGGAGGCGACGAGGAGGAAUGUGGGGCUGCUGCAGCUGCAGUUGAAGGACCUCCAGAAGCAGCUGGCGGGUGCUCAGGGGGAGAAGGCGGCACUGGUGCGGGCCAAGGAGGAGCAGGCGGCGGAGGGAGCCAGGCUGCAGGCUGAGAUGCAGCGGUUGCGGUUGGAGGCGGCGGGGCGGGACAAGGAGCGGCUGCUAGCGGAGGCGGCGGUGAGGGAGGCGGCGGCGGCGGAGAAAGCCAAGCUGCAGGCCCAACUGGACGAGGCGGGCAAGGCUGCCGCACUGGCUCGCGCCAUGGCUGAGGGGUGGCAGCGGGAGCUGAGGGAGGCGCGGGGGCGGCUGGGGGCGGAGGCGGCGAGGAGGGAGGCGAUGGGGAAGGAACUGGAGGCUGCUCGCGCGCAGCUGAGUGAGGGCCGGGUGGAGGUGGUUCGCAGCGGCGCGGCGGCGGAGGGGCAGCUGGCGGGGCUGCGGGCGCAGCUGGCGGCACGGGAGGAGGAGGUGCGGCGAGUCAAGUUCGAUGCGGUGUCGGUGCAGAAGCAGCUGGAGAAGGUCAUCGAGCGACUCCAGCGCGAGGUGGACGCAAGUGCGAGUGAGGUGGCGCGACUCAAGGCUGCCGGCGACCCUGCGUUCCUCCGUCUGCCCCCGGUCGUCCGCGCCGCCACCAUUCACGAGGAGCUGGAGGCGCUCAGAAAGGCCCUCCGAGACCGCAUGGUCAGCGGCGCGGGGGCACCCGGCAUGUCCGCCGGCGGAUCAGCAGCAGCAGCACCCGGCUACUCCCACUCCCACCCCCACCUGCACCCCCAUGGCGGCGGUUGGACUGCAGGACCCGCCCUCGCCGCCGCCGGCCCCGACGCCUACCAAACAGCUGUGGCGACGGCGGCAAUGCUCUCCGCGGCGCCGAUGCUGCCGCCGUCAGCGCUGCUGCUGCCGCCGAUGACGGGGGCAGCGGCGGCAGCUGCUGGAUCACCUUCGGGGGGUGCUGCUGCUGCUGCCGGUGGUGGUGGCGGCGGCGGUGCUGCGGCUGGUGCGGGUGCUACCGGUACUGUGCCCGGUGGUGGUGGUGUGGGAGGAGGAGGAGGCGGUAGCAGGUUGCCGCACCCGAGGCAUAAGACGCGGUAGCAGCAAGGGAGUUGGGGAGCGGUGUCGGUUGGGGGCGUGGGAGGGGCGGAGGGCUUGUAGGGUUUGGUGUUGUGUGGGAUAGUAGGACGUCUAUAUAUCUUUGCUGGGCUGUUACCUCUGGCUUGGUGUGGCUGUUUAUUGCCGUUUUUAUGAUCUACUACAAAUGAACGAUGAUAUAAACUUCGGAAAAGGUACAUCUUCAAAGUACAUGCUUGGACGGGUCUCAGGAAUGGCGACAGCUGCUGCAGCAGCAAUUGCAGUCACGGUGAGGCUGUUGUGAGGCUGGUGGUCAUGCGGGUACCAUGAAACGGGGCUUUACUGACGUGAACACAUACGCAAGCCCUGAGGCACGUGGUUGAUGGGGCAUAUACGUAAUGAUGGGACAAUAUGUUACCUGGUUACGGUAUAACCGGAUGUACGCGCAACUGACCCAAGAUACUGUAUACUCUGUGUUUCUGUCAGUGUGCCCCCGGGGUGCCACUGCGGAUACUGUCAAUGUUAUAAGCGAUGUCGUCCAGGGUACGGUAUCGCUCUGUGUCCCCCAUCCAGCACCAGGACGUACUUCAUACUUACCACCACCGCACCACCAGCCCCGAUCUGCCCCCUAAGCAACCAACCACAGCUGAUGCCAGCAGCAGC